GUUUUAUUUCAUUGUAUAAAUUUCCUUACAUUCUCUUCCUUCUUGUACAUUUGUAAAUUCCUGUAAAUUUGUAAAUAAUUUUUUUUCCUUUAUUUUUCCCAAAUAAGUAUUGCUAUUCUUCUAUUUAAGUUAUUCAAGGAAGAGAUAUACAUUGUCAUUUGUGAAUAGUAGACAACGGGAACAAAGAGAAGGAAAACAUAGAAGAAUGAUACCAGGUUUAAUGAGUGACCCUCUGUCACCAAGAAGGAAUGAGAAUAUUCAACAAACCUCUCAAACCACCAAUGCCCCUAAAGAGCGUCAGGCUGGAGCCUUUAUGCAAUCUGACUUUGACUACAAUUUAUUUAGUGGUGGUCGGUCGAGCGCGUCAUCUCUUUUCCCUACUGGCGCUGGUGAUGACCGUUCCAGCAGCGCACCACCUCCUCUUCAAGGUUUGCACAGAACACGUGAUGUAAAGUUUGCUUCUGCAGUAGCUGCAGCAACUUCUCAGCAGUCUACGCCUUCUGUGUAUGAUGCCAGUCAGGCAUGGAAAUUUUGGAAUGAUACCAACGACCUCGCUACACCCGACCCUACUGGAUUUCAGCAAUCAGCAAGCGCCAGUAGAGCUGGCAGCAUUGGUGAUAGUACAAAUCCAAAUGAUUUACUUCGUUCUAAAGGAAAAUUUGUUGAUUUCAUUCAGCCAGAGUUUUCCCAUACCCCUUCACCUAUGUACCCUUUCCAGCAUCAUGGUACUGCUGAAAUAAAUCCUAAUAAAUUGAAGACCAAUGAUAUUAUUGUGAAUGGUACUACCACGCAAGAUAGUUUUUUGAAACAAUCUCAGUUAUCGCAACACCAACAUCAGCAAUUGCAAGCAUUAUCUACCAGUAGCACCGCAGCUUUGCCUGCAAGGAUCAAUGCACUUAGAUUAGCCAUAUCCCCACAGUUUGCUCCUACACGUUCAAACUCUACACCUCCUACAUGUCGUCCAAUGGACAUCAAUAGCAGCAAUAGUAGCAAUAGUAGUAAUUAUGGUUACGAUAACACAGUGGCAGCAACUUCUUUGACAUCGGCUGGUAGUGGCAAUGAUUUAUUGUUACAAGAUGAUACUACUCUUUUAAGACAGCUGAGCUCAUUCGGCUUGGUGGAUGAUGAUGAUUAUCUUCAUUACAGUGCUCAACAACAGCAAGCAAAACUACAAGCUCCAACUUCCCUGUAUCCUUAUUACAGUCAACUGCAGCUUGAUGAUCCACAGGUACAGCAACAUCCUUUGAGUCGUUCCUUUUCAAAUGCUGCUCUUGAUUUGGCUUCCAUGCCAAAUGGCCUUGAUGGUGGUGGAAGCAUGGGUAGUAAUGAAACAAGAGGAGGCGUCGAUUACGAAUCCAUUUAUGGGAAAUGGUCAAGUGAAGAUGCAGCAGCCAAUGCAUAUCUUUUGCGCAUGAGCAAACAAGGAGGACCCUUAACUGCACCAGCCCCUUAUGACCCUGUUGGUUUUCCCAUAGGCGAUAGUUUGAGUAAUACAGAUAAAAAGCUUCGUGCAUUACAACUUCAGCAUCAGCAGCUAUUGAUCAGACAGCAACAACAACAAUUAUUGGCUGCACGCCAACAUUUAAUCCUUCAACAGCAGCAACAGCAGCAACAGCAUCAUAACCAACGUGGGUAUAGUAACAAUCAUAGUAAUAACCACCAUCACAAUAGCCAUCAUCAGCGCAAUAGCCAUCACAGUAAUGGUAACAAUCGCUCUCGCCAAAACCAGCACCAUAACCAGCAUCAUCAUCAACAGCAACAGCAGGGAAGUGGAAACGCCGCUCCCUCUGUCAAGUCAACAACUGCUGCUCAAGACCUUACUCUGUGUAUCCGUUCUCCUCUUUUGGAAGAAUUCAGAAAUUCCAAGAACAAAAAAUACGAAUUGAAGGACAUUGCUAGUCAUAUUGUUGAGUUUAGUGGUGAUCAGCAUGGAUCCCGAUUUAUUCAGCAGAAGCUCGAAACCGCCAACAGCGAAGAAAAGCAAUUGGUAUUUGAAGAAGUGUUACCUAAUGCAUUGCAGCUUAUGACGGAUGUAUUUGGAAACUACGUCUUACAAAAAUUUUUCGAACAUGGAAAUCAAAUGCAAAAGUCCAUCUUGGCCAAGCAAAUGGAAGGCCACGUGCUUUCUCUUUCUCUUCAAAUGUACGGCUGUCGAGUCGUACAAAAAGCAUUAGAGCAUGUUUUGACGGAACAACAAGCCAAACUAGUAGGCGAGUUGGAUGGGUGUGUACUGAAAUGCAUCAAAGAUCAAAAUGGCAAUCACGUCAUACAAAAGGCAAUCGAACGCGUGCCUGCGCAACACAUCCAGUUUAUUAUUGAUGCCUUUCAUGGACAGGUAUAUAAUCUAGCAACACAUCCAUAUGGAUGUCGUGUUAUUCAACGUAUGUUUGAGCAUUGCACGGAUGCACAAACAGGACCACUCUUAGAGGAACUUCAUCAAUGUACUGCUCAGCUUGUUCAAGAUCAAUAUGGUAAUUAUGUAAUUCAACAUAUCUUAGAAAGAGGUCGUCUUGAAGAUAAAGCCAAAAUUGUCGAGAAAAUUUUCGGACAAAUCUUAUCUUUGAGUAAGCAUAAAUUUGCUAGCAAUGUAGUGGAAAAAUGCGUCGACUUUGGUUCAAAACGGGAUAGACAACUUUUGAUUGAAGAAGUUCUUCAAACUAAACCUGAUGGAACCUAUCCUUUGAUUACUAUGAUGAAGGAUCAAUAUGCAAACUACGUUGUUCAGAAAAUGCUGGAUGUAGUGGAUGAUAAUCAACGUGAAAUGCUUGUCAACAAAAUUAGACCUCAUUUACAUUCUUUAAAGAAGUAUACCUACGGCAAACAUCUUAUACAGAAAGUAGAAAAGAUGGGUUUAACAUAUAACCUUCAGGACCCAGCCCUUACAAAUGAGUCUGACAAGCAAGAGAAUGAAAAUCAAGAACAACAAGAAUUGAAUACGCAAUCAAACGUCGAGAGUGUCAUGAGUAACACUGAAGUUCAACAGAAAGUCAAUACUGUAAUUGAAAAGGUUGAAAAGAUGACCACUGGCAGUGAUGUAGAGAGUAAUUUGUAGUUGCUCAAAAUCAUUAGACGCGUGGACGACUUACAAUAUUUAUUCCAAUCCAUAUUUUGUAAUUUUUGAACGUUUUAUCCCACAGGAGUGGGUGUAUAUAUGUAUAAACUCCUGUAACAUAUCUCUUUUUAACACACACACACACUCUCUCUCUCUCUUAUUUUUACUAUUUUGUAAACAGAAACUUUUCUUCGUAUAUCAUUUUUAUUAUAGUAUGCUUCCGUCUCCCUCUCUUUUUCUUACGUAUAAUUUUAUUAUAUCUUUUUUUGGAGUAAGAAAAAUAACGUUCUUUUCGACAUUUAUACACAUAUCGUUUUCCCUAUCAACAUUAUAUAAAUAAAGUUAACCACUAUUAAUCUCUGAGUCUGCUUUGAUUAAGGCGCCGACGUCACUUUUUUGCCCCC